AUGGGGCUUCCUGAGAAAGGAUGGCUAGAAAAGGACUCACUUCUUGUUAGAAUGCUGAAAGCACUCCUGAGCGCAUGUCUCCUCUUGGCCCUGCUUUCUCCAGCAUUACCUCUGAAGUGCAGAUUUAACUUCAACAAGGCUGGAUUGACCUAUAAUGGCUAUGCUAAAACAACUUGUGAGUCUUUUCAAGAUUCCUGUGAGGCCAGUGUUCUGCAUACAAAUAUAAAUAAACGUGAAGUGCAAAUUGAGAAUACUUGUUUGUCAUCCAGAUAUUGUUUCUCAGGCGAUUACAGCUUCACUGCAGCGGAUGGUAAAUUCUUUGAGAUGAAGAUGCAAUGCUGCAACACUGACCUGUGUAACAAUGAAACUCUCAGCCUUCCUGAUCGCAACAUGCUGGCUGAAAAUGGUCUGCAGUGCCCAUCCUGCUUCUCCAAAGGAGAGAAAAAGUGUAAAAGUGAGAAGACCAUCAACUGCCUUGAGAAUGAGACCCAAUGUGUUGAUUUUAAAGGAGCUCUUUUUCAAGGUUUCAUACAGCACCGCAGAUUCACUUUCCAAGGUUGUGCAACAACAAAUUUUUGUGCCAUCCAGAAAAAUGGAAGAGGUUUUAUUGCAACUAAGAGAAUACUUCUUUUAGUUUACAAAGAAAGCUGUUAUAAUGCUUCACGAAUCUCACACCAGCCUGAACAGGAAGGGUAA